UCAACACACACUGAGCUAUCGCUAAUAUCGAUUGUACUAUUUCUGGAUCGUCAAUUUUAUUUGGAAUUACUGUGUGCUGUGCAAAAAAAAAAGCCUGCGCGACUAAAUUACCAGAUCAUUGCCACGCCUGGCCGAAGGAGCGAAUCAAAAAGCAGAAACCGACCGUUGCGUUUCAGCAGCUGCUUGCGGGACAACAGAACACAGUUUGGUGGCAAACUAGCAGCGACACACGCACCCAUACACACGAGCGUAAAAACAAAGACCCAGCAUGCCACGAGGAAAGUUCGUUAACCACAAAGGCCGCAGCCGCCACUUUACAUCACCCGAGGAGCUGCAGCAGGAGUCCGAGGAGGAGAGCGACCAGUCGAGCGGCAGCGGUAGCGGCGAGGAGACCGGCGGCGACAAGGCUUCCGGAAGUGCGGCCACAUCCAAGCCAAAGCCGCCAGCGGCCCGCAAGACCGCCACCCGUCCAGCCCAUCGUCAGAAGCAGCGUCCGGCGGUCAGCUCGUCGGAAUCCGACUCGGAGGAGGAUUCCGAGGAUGACUCAGAGGCAGAGGCGCGAGAUGCCAAAAAGGGCGUGGCCUCACUCAUCGAAAUCGAGAAUCCCAACCGUGUGACCAAAAAGGCCACCCAGAAAAUCGCAACCCUUAAGCUGGACGAUGGUGGGCCCUCCACCACCACCUCCACCGCCUCCGCCAAGCCGGAGCUGUCCCGUCGCGAGCGUGAACAGAUCGAGAAGCAGAAGGCGCGCCAGCGUUAUGAGAAGCUCCAUGCGGCCGGCAAGACGACCGAGGCGAAGGCAGAUCUCGCCCGGCUGGCUCUCAUUCGUCAGCAGCGAGAGGAGGCCGCCGCCAAGCGCGAGGCGGACAAAAAGGUGGCAGCCGACACCGGAAAGAAGCCGGGGGCUAAGUAGGAUCAUUCCCGGAUCCCCAGCCCGCGAUACCUUAACCCGUCAACUGAUUCAGUAACAGAACCAAUGGAAGGGCUAAUGGCAAUUAGUUAAGGAAAUGUAAAGUAACAAAUUUAUCAGGAAACGUUACCCGCAAGAGGAUGAGGCUCGCUACGCACUACACCGCACCGCACCGCACCGACCACCAACCACCAACCAAACCGAAACCCAAUCCUAAUCCCAAACCCAAACCGAUCUGUUGCAUCUGCCACAAG